CUUCAGCAUUUGCAUGGUUAUCGCCGCUCCGAUCCGCCGCCCAAGGUUUUUUCUCCUCACAAGACGUGAUCUCUGGACUGAAACGAUGUAUCGCACCGUCGCUCGCUUGUUGGGAUAGAAGGAGCCUGGAGCCUGUUUGAUCUUUUUGUGCGUGCGUCUGCGUGUGAGAAUUAUAUUUUUUUUUUCUUUUUUUUUUCCUUCUCAGCGACGAAAGGGACAAUGUGGUCGAUCCAGUACGGCCCGCCGAAGCCGAAGCCGUUCUGGGGCAAACAAACGAGCGCGGUCAAUUUCUGCGAGGAGGACUACAUAAUCACGCGCUACGUCGGCGAGUUCAUCAACACGCUCACGAGCUUGUUCUACGUCCUCUACGGCUACCAUGGCAUCCGGCGCUGCAGGCGCCAGAACCUCGGCCUCUUCUCGCCCGUCAACUGGACCUACUGGGCCCUCGUCGGCGUCGGGCUCUUCUCGGCCCUGUACCACGCCAGUCUGAAGUACCACACCCAGAUGGGCGACGAGAUGUCCAUGCACCUGGCCACGGGCACGGUGUUCAUCCAGGUGUUCACCUUCCGCAAGCCGGCGCACGAGCAGAGGCGCAACAUCGUCCUCAUCGUCGUCGGCCUGACCGCCUUCGUCGUCUACCACUGCGUCACGGACGAGUUCGUCAUGCACGUCGUCGUCUUCUUCGGCACCAGCGUCACCGUCAGCCUGAAGACGAGCCGCAUCAUCAAGGAGACCAUUCGCGACCGCGCCGUGCGGAAGCGGCUGCACAGGCUGACCACCUUUGCCACAUGCAACGCCCUCAUCGCCUGGCUCAUCUGGAACGUCGACGUGCACUUCUGCGCCACGCUGACGCGCUGGAAGCACGCCCUCGGCAUGCCCUGGGGCAUCCUCCUCGAGCUGCACGGCUACUGGCACCUGCUGACCGCCAUCUCGGCCUACUGCUUCAUGGCCGAGAUCGAGUUCCUGACGACCAGCGCCGACGGCGCCGCGUCCAGCUUCGCGUGGCCUGCAAAGCUCGCGCUGGGCGGGCUGGGCGAGGCGAAGGACAGCGGCGGUCGGAACGGCAAGGUGGGCGCCAACGGCGCUGCGACCAAGGAAGACUGACGGGGGUUGGCACGCUGGCACGGGGGAGAAUUUUUUUUUUUUUUUUGCCAGAAAUGGGAUCUACUAGAAGGGCGCAUUUGGGUUGAUUUUGUUGCACGGAAAAUGGCAGCGGUGCCGGGGUUUGUCUUUCUUGGAGAAGAGCGGGUGCCGGGCAGUAAUGUAAUUGUCAAAGUUUUGCGGUGACGGGAUUGCGUAUGAAUCUAUUUUGAGCAUGCAACAUAGGCGACGUCCCUGGCUACGGGUUUAUAUAUACAGAUGAUGCCAGUCCUUAUCCGGUG